UUCAAAAUCAACACACCGAUGGGUCAACGGAAAACUUUCUUCCUCUCGUCUUUGGCCGUCAUCCUCUUAGCAGCGGUCAUCCAGGGAAGCCAUGCAGUGGAAUACACCGUAACAAACACUGCCGCGUCCACCCCAGGUGGUGCCCGAUUCGGGAGGGAUAUCGGGGUCCAAUACAGCAAGCAAACGCUCGACUCCGCCACAAAUUUCAUAUGGAGGAUCUUCCAGGAGAACGCUCCUGCAGACAGAAAAAACGUCCAGAGAGUUGACAUGUUCGUCGAUGACAUGGAUGGUGUUGCCUAUACCAGCAACGAUCAGAUUCACGUAAGCGCGAGGUACAUCCAAGGUUACUCGGGCGAUGUUAGAAGCGAGAUUACCGGGGUUCUCUACCACGAGAUGACGCACGUUUGGCAGUGGAAUGGGAACGGACAGGCUCCGGGAGGAUUGAUCGAAGGAAUGGCGGAUUAUGUGAGGCUUAAAGCCGGGUAUGCACCGAGCCACUGGGUGAAACCUGGGCAAGGCGACCGGUGGGAUCAAGGAUACGAUGUCACCGCCCGCUUUCUUGAUUACUGCAAUAGCCUGAAAAAUGGUUUUGUUGCGCAGCUUAACAAGAAGAUGAGGAACGGUUAUAGUAAUAACUAUUUUGUUGAGCUGCUGGGGAAGUCCGUCGAUCAACUCUGGAACGACUACAAAGCUAAAUUUAAUACUAACUAAGUUUAAUACUACUACUACUACUACUUGCUAAAUGCUUUGACUCGAUGUAAUGAGCUUUGCAUGUCAAUAUGUCUGCCCUGUACUCUUAAUGGAAUAUAUAUUGCUGCUUAUACUA